UGAAAUUUGUUAAAAAAAAGUGCCGAUCUGGUGAAGUUUUGCGAAUUUUCCAAAAUAUUUGUGGUCAAAAUGUCGCUUUCUGAUGAAAUAGUUCGAUUCAAGCUUUGGGCAACCAAAAUGGGUUGUCCGUUGGAGAAAAUACCCUCGGAUGAAUCGUUGAAAAAAUGCAUCCGAGGCAAACAGAGUAUUUUGUUUCAGCAGAUUGUAUCAGGAAUACGACCCCGGCAAGAAAUAGAAUCUAUGCGCAACAAUAUCCUUGUGGCCAAACUUAGGCAAUAUGAAGCACUUGGAGGUGUUCUAACGAAAUCAAAAAUGACUCAAAUGCCGGAGGAACUUCAACGGUUUGAGAAAAUUGAGAAGCUGAAAAACAAAUGCUCUGAAACGGAGGCCAGGAUUUCAAAGUCAAAAGCAUCACUCGAAACAUUAACUGAAAAAAUCAAACAGAAAAAUAUUCAAAAGGUGCAAGUGAAUGCCAAAGUAUGUGAAAUUAAGGACAAGCUUGCUUUCUACAAAGCAGUGGACAAUUCCCUGUUCAAAAUAUCCGAAAAGGAAAUCGAGAUCAAGCAAAUGAUUGAACGAUCAAUGCCAACAAAAGCGACGGAAUCAACUAAAUCGAAGUCCGAUGUGGUCGAUGCCAUCCAGGCUUGCCACAAGUAUUUAGAUAGUUUUUACUCAAAGUUUACUGAACUUAAACAAGAGGGCAGUAAGCAAGCUCAGCAGAAAUUGUGGGCCAACAUAAGGACAGUACUGAGAGGUAUUCCAAACUAUCUUCUGUGGAGUGCACUGAUGGACAUAAAGGAGAAACAACUCUUGGAGAUUUCCGAAGCCGAUCGUCAGCAGAAUGAAUUUGAGAAGGAGAAUGCUUUAUCAGAUCAGGAUCUGCUGCAAAUUAAUAUGGCCAAGCUUUGUGGGUCCCAUAUCAAUUUGUUCAUUGAUCUGGUUGCGAAGAAACGAGCGAUCCAAACAAUGAAAGACGACUACCUUGCAAAAUAUACACCGUUCGCGCAGACGCUGGAGACUAAAAUGAACCUUUUGAAUAUGAUGGAUGAUGAAGCCGACGAAAUUCUGGAAGAUUAUAUGUUCCAAUCCACAUCUAAGGACUAUAACCAGGGUCAGCUCGAAUUCAUCAGCAAAGAAAUCGAUAAAAAGAAGCAAGAAAUCAAGCUACAAAGUUCCAAGCUAGAGAAUCAGGAACAAGUGCUUUCUCAGUUGCGUGUAAUUUACGGAGAAAUCGACUCAUACUCCGAACGAAUCCAAGAGGAAAUUCAACAACUUAAUCAAAUUAAGGAAAAGAUCUCAUAUGUCCAGCGUUACAGCCGUUACACCGUCCACAACAUGAGGCAAAAAACGACCAAUCAAUCGCUAACCUUCUUAGACCAGUCAAUGAAUGUCACCCGAUUUGAAAGCAAUGCUCUCUCCAAUGGACCUGCCUAUUCCCCAGCCAGUCUGCCUCCUUACAGCGGCGAACUUACAGUAUUGUCAGAAACUCCAUUCAGCAGGUUCUAUCGACCUAGUAAAUGUUCAAUUUUCUCGCUAAAAACUUGCUUGUUGAUGAAAAAUGAUUUCAGCUCAUUGCUGACCCUUCUGCCCAACUGCUUCUCGUCUGCUGAAUGCUCUCUGCAAGAGAUGAAAACCGUGAUCAAGUUCGAUGAAUUCAUCAAAACGUUUAUGAUCGAUCUGAAACCGGAAAUGGACCAGGCAGUGGUCGACGACGCACACUAUCAGCAUUUGUGGAAAGCCAAUCACGUUAAAAUAUGUCAACAUUUGGAUGAAAUAGACGCAGUUGCCACGAAUACCAGGGAGGUGAUCGACAAGGGGCGUAUUUAUUAUAGCUUUGUCCUGGCAAAUCCACUGCGGGAGUACGUCCCACCGAAAAAAUUGUUCAACGGAAGAAAUUAUCGCGAGUAUGAGAGUGAAUAUUUGAUGUACUAUCGGAUGAUCCAUGGGCCGAUGGGUGGGAAAUGAAGUGAAGGAAUAAGUGGCGUUUUUACCGUAAACUCGGCUGUCACAAAAUGUAUUUUAGCAUGAAUAGAAUAAUACACUUCAAAUACUACAUAACUUCCAAGCUCAUUGCAGUUUAGCUUAUAAUAGUGGUGCCAGUGGUAAGUUUGAUUACCUCUCACCCCAGCAGAC